CGCUUUUAUUAUCGUUCUGCGACGGACGGCGGCGACGUUGAAGAAAUUCCUGGCCGAUUUCUUCUUCAUCAUCCUGUGUAAAUAAUUGUAAUUUAAAUAAUCUAAAUUUCGUAUUUAACGAAAGCACACACACACACCAUCAAAUCAAAGGAAAUGCAAACGAAAAGGCUUUUUUAAGUGCAUGUUUUGUGUAUAUUUUCAUCAUUAAAACGUCGUGUAAAUUAAAAUUCAUCCUAAUUAUAAUUAAUAAACUACAUUAAUAAACGGAAAUUCCACAAUUCUCAACCAGAAAUCUGUAAAAAUUCAAGUUUUAACCAAUUCUCAUACGUAAUUAAAUAAAUAAAGUUCAGUUUUGUUAAGUCCCAAAAAACAACAGCUGUGCAACUGUGUAAAAUAUUAUUCAUAAUUUUGUGUAAAUUUAUGUAAAAAAAAAAUAAACAAAACACCAACCACGACAACCAAACGAAGCAAAUUCAAUUUUUUUGAGCAAAAAGUGUGUGAAAAAUCUCAGCAAAGUCUGUAAAAUAAAUGUUAAAUAUAUUAAGCAAAAAGUGUGGUUUCUUUUACAACAAAAUAAAUAAAAGCAACAAAACAAAAAACAAGUGUAAAUCUGAAGCGAAAGUUUUUAAAAAAUACAUGUAACAAUUGUGAAUAUUUCUAAGCGAAUCGUGUUGAAAAACGCGCGUGUGUGUUGUUUUUUGUGCUGCAAGUAAAAAUCCAAUCCAAAUCAAGUUGGCAAUACGCGCAAAAUUGUCAGCUGCGAUAGCUAGGAAAAGCCUCCAAAAUUGAGCUCCUAACCGCGCCCACAAUUGCCAUAUCGACGCCCUCGCCGCAGCAGCAACACCAACAGCAGCAGCAACAGCAGCAACUCUAUCAGCAACAUUCACAGCAGCAGCAGCAACAUUACGGUCCACCACCGCCCUACUUUCAACAGCUACACCAGCAACACCAACAGCAGCAGCAGCAGCAACAACAGCAGCAGCAACACCAGCAACACAUGAAGUUUUUGGGUGGAAACGAUGAUCGCAAUGGCCGCGGAGGCGUCGGCGUUGGCACGGAUGCCAUUGUGGUAGGAUCUCGCGGUGGCGUGUCGCAGGAUGCCGCCGAUGCAGCUGGUGCCGCCGCCGCAGCCGCCGUCGGCUAUGUCUUCCAGCAGCGUCCAUCGCCCGGUGGCGUUGGCGUCGGAGUGGGCGUGGGCGGAGUGGGUGGCGGUGUGCCAGGGGUGGGAGCCGUUGGCUCGACCUUGCACGAGGCCGCUGCGGCGGAGUACGCCGCCCACUUUGCCCAGAAGCAACAGCAGACCCGAUGGGCGUGCGGCGACGACGGCCAUGGGAUCGAUAACCCGGACAAAUGGAAGUACAAUCCGCCGAUGAAUCCGGCCAAUGCAGCUCCUGGCGGCCCACCGGGAAAUGGUAGUAAUGGUGGGCCCGGCGCCAUUGGAACCAUUGGCAUGGGCAGCGGAUUGGGCAGCAUGGGUGGUGGUGGAGGAGGCGGCGGCGGAGCUGGUGGCGGAAAUAAUGGUGGCUCUGGCACGAAUGGCGGUCUGCAUCAUCAAUCGAUGGCCGCUGCAGCUGCGAAUAUGGCCGCCAUGCAACAGGCGGCGGCGGUGGCCAAGCACAAUCACAUGAUGUCACAGGCAGCAGCCGCCGUUGCAGCCCAGCAGCAGCAACAACAUCAGCAUCCACACCAGCAGCAUCCCCAGCAGCAGCAGCAGCAACAGCAGCAGGCGCAAAACCAGGGGCAUCCACAUCAUCUCAUGGGCGGUGGCAAUGGACUGGGCAACGGCAACGGAUUGGGCAUUCAACAUCCUGGCCAGCAGCAGCAACAACAGCAGCAGCAACAGCAACAUCCCGGCCAGUACAACUCGAAUCUGCUUAACCAUGCGGCUGCCUUGGGUCACAUGUCAUCUUAUGCCCAAUCGGGUGGCAGCAUGUACGACCAUCAUGGUGGAGCCAUGCAUCCGGGAAUGAACGGUGGCAUGCCCAAGCAGCCGCCAUUGGGUCCUCCCGGAGCCGGAGGACCCCAGGACUAUGUCUACAUGGGUGGCCAGACCACAGUGCCCAUGGGAGCCGCAAUGAUGCCGCCACAGAAUCAAUAUAUGAACAGCUCUGCUGUUGCAGCUGCCAAUCGGAAUGCAGCGAUUACCACAUCCACUGCCAAGAAAUUGUGGGAGAAAUCCGAUGGCAAGGGCGUGUCCUCGAGCACUCCCGGUGGACCGCUGCAUCCCCUGCAGAUUCCCGGCAUCGGGGAUCCCUCCUCCGUGUGGAAGGAUCACACCUGGUCCACACAGGGCGAGAAUAUCCUCGUUCCGCCCCCCUCGCGAGCCUACGCCCAUGGAGGCGCCUCCGAUACUUCAAACAGCGGCAAUGCGGGCAUACUGAGUCCCCGCGAUUCGACUUGCGCCAAAGUGGUGGAGUAUGUUUUCAGUGGCUCGCCCACAAACAAGGAUAGCUCGCUUUCCGGAUUGGAGCCGCAUUUGCGGAAUCUUAAGUUUGACGACAACGAUAAGUCACGCGAUGAUAAGGAAAAGGCUAACUCUCCGUUUGACACAAACGGCUUGAAGAAGGACGAUCAGGUCACAAACUCAAAUGGUGUUGUCAACGGCAUUGACGAUGACAAGGGCUUCAAUCGCACUCCUGGUUCACGUCAACCAUCGCCUGCAGAGGAGUCCCAGCCACGUCCCCCAAAUCUACUAUUUCCCCCACUACCCUACAACCACAUGCUCAUGGAUCAUGGCCAAGGCAUGGGCGGCGGUUUGGGCGGAGUUGUCGGAUCUGGCAACGGGGUCGGUGGUGGCAGCGGCGGCGGCGGUGCGGGUCAAUAUGCGGCCCACCAGCAGAUGGCCGCCCAGAUGAGUCAAUUGCAACCGCCGAUGAUGAACGGCGUUGGCGGCGGAAUGCCAAUGGCAGCACAGUCACCCAUGUUGAAUCACCAGGCAGCUGGACCCAAUCAUAUGGAAUCUCCGGGAAAUCUCUUGCAGCAGCAAAAUUUUGAUGUUCAGGUAAGUGACGACGUGCUUUCGCUCGCUUUUAACCACAAUCAACAACUGUUUCGCUCGCAGAAUCCGGGCCUUGCAGCAGUUGCCACAAAUGCAGCGGCCGCAGCAGCAGCCGCAGCAGCUGCCACAUCGGCAGCGAGUGCUGCGGCAGCUGUGGGCGCACCACCCGUUCCCAACGGAUCGCUGCAGCAGUCGCAGCAGCAACAGCAGCAGCAGCAGCAACAACAGCAGCAGCAGCAGCAACAGAUGCACAUGGCGGCCGCGUCGCAACAAUUCUUGGCCGCCCAGCAGGCGCAAAAUGCGGCCUAUGCCGCCCAACAGGCCACGCCCUACGUCAUCAAUCCGGGCCAGGAGGCUGCCCCGUAUAUGGGCAUGAUUGCCGCCGCCCAGAUGCCGCAGUACUACGGCGUAGCGCCCUGGGGCAUGUACCCCAGCAAUCUGAUUCCGCAACAGGGAACGCAGCCGCGCCGCCCCCUCACCCCCUCGCAGCAGGGUGCCGAGAAUCAGCCGUAUCAGGUCAUCCCGGCAUUCCUCGAUCACACGGGCUCCUUGCUGAUGGGAGGACCCCGCACCGGGACGCCGAUGCGCCUGGUUAGCCCCGCCCCCGUUCUGGUGCCCCCGGGCGCCACCCGUGCCGGCCCCCCGCCCCCGCAGGGCCCACAGCUGUACCAGCCGCAGCCGCAGACGGCCCAGCAGAAUCUCUACUCGCAGCAGAAUGGCUCCAGUGUCGGAGGUCUCGCCUUGAACACGAGCUCGUUGACGGGUCGCCGCGACUCCUUCGACCGCAGCACCUCCGCCUUCAGUCCCUCGACCAUGGACUACACCAGCAGCGGUGUGGCAGCGGCCGCCAAUGCGGUGAACAGCACAGUGGCCCAGGCAGCAGCAGCUGCCGCAGCAGCCGCCGCAGCGCGUGGCAAGUGGCCGGGAGCGAUGUCGGGAGCGGCCAGCGGAGCCUACGGCGCACUGGGAGCGGGCAAUGCCUCGGCCAGUCCGCUGGGCGCACCACUCACACCGCCGCCGUCGGCGCAAUCCUGCCUGUUGGGCAGUCGGGCACCUGGAGCCGAGUCGCGUCAGCGGCAGCAGCAGCAACAGCAGCUGGCCGCCGUUGGUCUGCCGGCGACUGCAGCAGCUGCCCAGGCAGCGGUGGCCGCGGCUGCCAACAAUAUGUUCGGAUCCAACAGCUCGAUCUUCUCGAAUCCCCUGGCCAUUCCGGGUACCGCAGCCGUGGCAGCGGCGGCAGCAGCAGCAGCGGCCGCCAACUCGCGACAGGUGGCAGCAACGGCAGCGGCAGCAGCGGCUGUGGCAGCAGCAGCCGGCGGAGUCGGUGGUGCCCCACAGCCGGGAAGAUCUCGCCUUCUCGAGGAUUUCCGCAACCAGCGGUAUCCGAAUCUUCAGCUACGCGAUCUCGUCAAUCACAUUGUGGAGUUCUCGCAGGAUCAGCACGGCUCGCGGUUUAUCCAACAGAAGUUGGAGCGGGCCACCGCUGCCGAGAAGCAAAUGGUGUUCAGCGAGAUCCUGGCCGCAGCCUAUAGCCUGAUGACCGAUGUCUUUGGCAACUAUGUCAUCCAGAAGUUCUUUGAGUUCGGCACCCCCGAGCAGAAGAACACGCUGGGCAUGCAGGUCAAGGGUCAUGUGCUGCAGCUGGCGCUGCAAAUGUACGGCUGCCGAGUGAUUCAGAAGGCACUGGAGAGCAUCUCGCCGGAACAGCAGCAGGAAAUCGUGCACGAACUGGACGGACAUGUGCUGAAGUGCGUCAAGGAUCAGAAUGGCAAUCAUGUGGUGCAGAAGUGCAUUGAGUGCGUGGACCCGGUGGCGCUGCAGUUCAUCAUCAAUGCGUUCAAGGGUCAGGUCUACUCGCUGAGCACCCAUCCGUAUGGAUGCCGGGUGAUCCAGCGGAUUCUCGAGCACUGCACUGCCGAACAGACCACGCCCAUUUUGGACGAACUGCAUGAGCACACCGAACAGUUGAUUCAGGACCAAUAUGGCAACUAUGUCAUUCAGCAUGUGCUUGAGCACGGCAAGCAGGAGGACAAGUCCAUUCUUAUCAACAGCGUGCGCGGCAAGGUACUGGUGCUGUCGCAACACAAGUUCGCCUCAAACGUUGUGGAGAAGUGCGUCACACAUGCCACACGCGGCGAACGCACUGGUCUCAUAGACGAGGUCUGCACCUUCAACGACAACGCGUUGCACGUGAUGAUGAAGGAUCAGUAUGCCAACUAUGUGGUCCAAAAAAUGAUCGAUGUAUCGGAGCCGACGCAGCUCAAGAAGCUGAUGACCAAGAUCCGGCCCCACAUGGCCGCCUUGCGCAAGUACACCUACGGCAAGCACAUCAAUGCCAAGUUGGAGAAGUACUACAUGAAGAUAACCAAUCCCAUUACGGUGGGCACAGGCGCUGGCGGAGUGCCGGCCUCCUCGUCGGCGGCAGCAGUCAGCAGUGGUGCCACCUCGGCAUCGGUAACCGCCUGCACCAGUGGCAGCAGCACCACCACAACCAGCACCACCAACAGCCUGGCCUCGCCCACCAUUUGCUCGGUGCAGGAGAACGGCAGCGCCAUGAUUGUGGAGCCCUCCUCCCCGGACGCCUCCGAGUCCUCGUCGUCGGUGGUGUCAGGAGCUGUCAACAGCGGCUUGGGUCCCAUUGGACCCCCGACCAACGGCAACGUUGUGCUGUAGAGCAAAUAGCAAUGGAAAUAAGCCAGGCAGUCAAAAGAAACUUAUUUCUCGAAUCGCAGUAUAGUUUUAGGAGCUGUAGAGCUAAACAUAAACAAAAAGUACAUAUAAAUGUAAUCUUAUUUAUUGGAAAAGCAGCGGAAAAAUGGAGCUGCUCUCGAAGAUUUGCAAUGAGUAAAACACACAUGCGCCAAGCUAGAGAAACAAAUAAGAAGCACCACUGGCAAGCUAAAAAGCAAAAGAGCUUAACAGCUAUAACUAAAUGAAAUUUGUAUUUUAACGAACAAAAAGUAAUAACGUUCUCACGAAACAAGAUUUCAAAAUAUUUGUAAAAUGCGCUCGCAUAUUUAAUUUGUAAAAAACAAAGCAUGAACCGCAAAGAUGAAAGAAAACAAAAAUGCGUAAUAAAUCGCGAUCAAGAAAACAUAAAUGAAUGUAAUGUAAAAUGUCAAUGAAACAGAUGUGUCUGCGUACAUUUUCGUUGUAACUUUGUAUAAAUUAAUUAUUAUAUAGCAAGUCUAUCUGUAAAUGAUUAAUGUUUCGACUGUAAAUUAAUAAGAAGACAACUGAAGAGCCGGCGAGCUGAAAAAAAAGGAAAGUAAAGUAAAAGAGCGGGCUGCAUGAAUUAGCCUAGAAUUUAUAAGUGCAGACAGAGGAAUCAUUUCUAAUAUACAUACAUAUAUACGAGGGAUAACAGCAGAAGCCGCACUUAGUGUAGAAUGUAGAGUAAUAAUGUUUUUGGAGCCAGCAGCUACCAAGACACAAUGAAAACAGAGACACACGAGACACGCCCACGCCCCCUCACGCACACUCGGUUGCAUACACCCAUACACAAUGAACGACUCUUCAGCCCAUUCACGUUGCUUUUGCACUAUGUAAAAAUUUUGUAUAAAAAAAAACCCCAAACAACAAACCAUGUAAACCAUGUAAUUUUCAAAUGUUUCACUGUAAAAUGUAUACAUACUAUAUUUUGUAAAUUUUUUUUAAGUCGCAAGUAACUCAUACAUAUUCUAUUCUAAACUGCACGCAUGUAUUUAUAAUUUUAUACACAUUAGCUGGUGACCAUGGAUCGACGAUCUGCAACGAUCUCGCUGCGCUGGUGGCCAGCUAAAAGAACCUGUUAGCCAAGUAAGCCCAAAAUGAUAAUAAUUGGAUUUUAAAACAAUAACCUUCAAAAUAAACCAAUUUUUUUCCAAAAUUUCCCGAUACACUUUUAUGUUUGCUAGCCCACCUUAAUGUAUGAUAUAUGUAUAUGUAUAAAUAUGAUUUAAAUCGACACGAUAUGCUUUCUCAACUGCACACUGAACGAAAUCAGGUGGAGAGUUAACUCUGUUAUGUUACACAGAAAGCGCUUGUUGCUCCCUGCGAAGCUUGAAAUGCAUUCGCUGUGCGGCUUACUAAAUAAUUAACCCUUCCUUCACGUAAGUGUAUAAAAUUGUUUUAAAACGUCAUCGAAACACUUGUAAAUUGCAAACAAAAAUUGUAUAUGUAUACAUACGAACGAAUAUUGUAAAAAGUAACAAUACCAAGAAUUUUGUACAUUUUUGAUAUAAAUUUAGAUUACUUCGCGACGCCUUAUUCCAAAUACUAAAAUAUUGAAAAUACUGAAAACGAGAGAUGGUAAGAAAAUCGAAUUUAGACUUUUUUGUCGGUUUCGUCGAAACACACAAAAAUCCAAUGUAAAACAAUUUUUGGAGAUCAAUGUAAAGUGUAUUAUGCAUAUUUUUGUACACACAAAUUCGUUGUCGUGUCGUUGUUGUUGUCGUCGUCACCGUCGUCGUUGUCGUAUUUUGUAUAUAACAAGCAAAGGAUACCAGUCAUUGAACAUUUGUAAUUUUCUGUACAUUUCCCCCCCAGCACACAUACAUCCCAUUAACCAUUCACCAUUUACCAUUAAUCCCAUUACCCCCAAUACGAUUGAACCUGAUCCCCAUUGCAACACCCGUAUUAUCCUGUCUCUGAAGAAGUGGGCGCAUUUCAAGCGACAGCGCAAGCAGGGCUCGGUAUUAUUUGUUUGGUACUUUUAGUUAUUAACUUGUCAACUGCCUGUCUCUAGAGCGCAAUGCACUGAUAAUUUUAAUUUAAAUAAUCCAUAGAUGAACAUUGUAUUUAGGAUUCUCGAAUUCGAUACGGAGUGAACAAUGCAAGUAGAGAUGCUUUCUGUAGGCUAAAACACAUUGCUACACGCCGUGUACAUUUGACGUGUAAAAUACACAGGACACCCACACCCACACUCACACGAACACCUACACAUCUACACACUCACACAGACACAAAGGACACAGCGAGCUGCUUAGCUGUAGUAGUUAGUGUAAGCCAGCGAAUCCCUAUAAAUAUUUAAACAUAUAUACACGCAUAUAGAAUUAUGUACUACACUUAGUUUUGAACUUGACGUGAGGCAAACGUUUUUAAAGAAACAAAAAAAGGAUGUAUAUGUAAAAUACAUGUGUAGAGUAGCGGAAGUGCCGUGGCACAGUGAAAUUUACACGUAUAUGCUGGCGUAUUCUACACACGCCCAGUUUUUACAGUAACAAUUUUUUGCACGCAUGUAAGAAACUUGGGUAUACAAGUCGAAAACUAAAAACCUAAAGCAAAUUCCACUUAAAAAAGGAUCAAUAUUAAACAAACCACAACUGUAAACAAUAAAACUUAAAACUGUACGAAAACUCCCUGUAAACAUGUAAACGUAUAAAGAAGCGAAAUGAGCAAGCAUUUCUUUGUAUGCCAAAGGCAAAAAAAGGUGGGGCAUUUUGAAUUUGCAAAAUCUGAAGACCCCUCUGCGAUUGGUUUGGAAUUUUCGCAAAGUGAAGUGUAAAAACAAAAUAAAGCCCAAUACGAUAAAGCCCUAUAGAUAACCAAGAUUUCAAGUAAAUAUAAUGCAUACAGCAGAAGCAAAAAUUUGUAAAAUUUUUUCGACAGCAGAACCUUGUAAACUAAGCUAAGGACAUAAAUAAACCAUUUGUAAUUUGUUGUAAAAAGAAAAGAAAGAACGACGGAAGGAAGAAAGGAAUGCGGAAAUUAAAAGGCAUGGCAUGUGCUCGAGCUGGCGUCAAGUAAAACUAUAAAUUAUAUAUAAAUAUAAAUAUAUAUUAAAGCAUAUACAUACAUAUAAAUAUAAAUAUACAGUAAUUAAUUAAUUACGAGAAUAUUUUGUAGUUACACACUCGAACACACGGAGAAAUUCAAGUCUACAAACACAGAGCGAAACCUUUAGUUUUGUAAACCGCGAGCGAUUGGCACAAGUUAUAUAACUACAAUUUGGACAGCAUUGCAUUCGAGCAUUUGAUUUAACUAUGCAUUAGAUUUUUAUGUUUAUUAUUAUUAUACAAAAUACGAUUAAUGCUAAUUUCUUUGUGAAAAAAAUAAAACAAGUUUAUUAUGUAGCAAAAAGAAAACGUUUCAUUUCUCAAUUCGAACCGAUUUAAUUGUCUCUUCCUUACACCAAAAAGCACACACCCACACCCACACAUAGUUUCAACUAAUUGGCUUCAAUGGAAGGCUGCGAUGACUACAAAUCUGAAAAAUCUGAAAUCAAAAUUGAUAUUAAUACGGCAUGCCAAUAAACGAGCAUAGCAUUACAUUGCAAAUAAAUAUAGAUAAAUAAUAUACACUUACCAUAACCUAUAGCCCUUCCAAAACCGCAGAAAAUGGCACAACAACCAAAUGAGAGCGCAAGUUCGAGGCAUUUUAUACGGCGCAUUUUUUAUAUAUGAGCAGGCUAGCUGUCUAUAUGAUAUUACCCAAAAAAAUGGUCGACUUUUAUAAUGAGCCAGUAAGUAAACAAGACAUAUUUUUUUAUAAGCCUUGGCAAGCUAAACUUUUACCAGGCCGUACAUUUUAACAAAAUUAUACAUACUUAAAAGCAAGAAUACCAAAACCUUAUGCCCAAACUCCUAAAUAAAGUCGAAAACAACAGCAAAAUCCAUACCAUACCAUUUUCAACUAGUAGAAUUUUUCCAAAUUGUAGAAAUGUAAACCUUCAUAUAAAUAUAUAGAUUUGUAAUUGAGCUCUCUAGUUGGGGUAAAAACACUUCUAUACGAUACAAAUAAACUCCUAUGCUGGUCGUUCCUUGAGGCACGACAUAAGGAAUGAACUGGAUACAGUAGUAAAACUCAUGUAGAAACACAGCAGUAAG